GCCUGGGUCCUUCUUCAGGGUGAAGGAAGAUGGCGGCGCCCGUGCUGUGCGGGAGGACAGCGGUGUUGUGUAGGACUUUACGGGGGAUUUCGUCUUCGAACCCGUGCGGGCUGCUGCUGCAGACGGCGUCCUACAACCCCAGGCCCCUGCGGCUGAACCUCAGCGACCCGUACAUCCCGGACAAGGAGAGCGACGAGACGCCGGCGUGGCAGAAGACGGCCCGGUACGACGGGAAGCUGUACGGCCGCUACGGCUCGGCGUCGGGCGUCGACCCGGCGUCGCUGUGGCCGAGCCACGAGCAGCUGGACAGGGUCGUCGCGGAGGAGCGCGAGUGGCAGCCGACGCUGGAGGAGAUGCUGAGGAACAUCGAGCUCAAGGAGAAGGAAGAGGCCGAGAAACGCCAGGCGAAGGAGAGACUCAUCGCGGCAAACAUGGCCAAAAUGCCCAAGAUGGUCGCCGACUGGCGCAGGGAGAAGCGUGAGACCAAACAGAAGCUGAAGGAGGACAAAGCUCGCCGAGAACAGUUGCUGGAAGAGGCCAGAGUGCGGUUUGGCUACGCACUGGACCCGCGCAGCCCCAAGUUCUUGGAAAUGGUCGCCGAGGUGGAGAAGGAAGAGAAGAAGAAGAAGAAACUGAUGAAACGCAGACUGAAAGACGAGCAGACGGCAGCUCCCGUCACAACGCCUGCCGACGUCUCAUAGUCCUGCACGAGUCACGUUUCACAUGAAUAACUGUUGGGCUUUGGUCCGACUUGUGUUUAAUGAGAUGGAAAGUGGUGUACUGCAGAACAUGGUAGAGUGGGACGGUUGUUAAAGAGAAUCCGAAGAACAGUGUGGCGUCGGUACUGACCUGAAUCAAAGACCACCUCUUCCAUUUUCUUCUGUAAAAAGGUUGAUCUGGAGUCGUUUGCCCUUUUUGUUUUGCAUAUUUGGAGAUUUUUAUGACAGAUGCAUUCAUGUGUCACUAAAAUAAAUGAAUCUCUGAA